AUGGCCACUCUCAGACCAAGAAGAUCUAAUUUCUCUGCCGUGAUAAAGCCAACAGUGGUGCGUCUCCAAGCAGACUCCCCAGUAUCCAACGCUGAAGCAGAAAAAAUAUUAGGAGCUUUCCUCGCCAAAAAAGAAUCGAUCGAUCAUGAUGUAUUAUCCGGGGCUUUCAACAAUGAUAGCGAAGAAAACAAGAGUACCGUGGCUGUUGCCAACUCUGCAGUGAUAUCACAACUUAAAAGAGUCCAAAGAGAAUUGCGUGGGUUGCCACCAACUUUGGAAGCCACUAGCGCAUUCACAAAGAAGAGAAAGGACAAUAACACAAAGAAUCACAAGAAAGAAUCUAACGAGAUCAAAUCAGAAUCAACAGGGAAACACAUAAAGUUUGAUGACGAUGAGCCAGAAGAAGAGAACAAGGAAGAGCAAGGGGAAGAAGAAAAAGAAGAAAUAAUACCAGAAGAAGAGUCUGAAAAAGAAGAAUCUGAAAAUGAAGACGUUAAACAAGAAUCAGAAGAGGAAAACGUUCCAAUCAAAAAAGAAGCGCAAGAAUCUGUUCCUGAAGUAAAAAAAGAAGAAACCACCCCAGAAAUCAAAAAAGAGGAAGAAGGCGUCGAAUUAGUAAAGGAAAAGAAGUCCAAGAAGGAAAAAAAAUCUAAGAAGGAAAAGAAAGAAAAGAAGGAAAAGAAAGACAAGAAGAGAAAAUCUUCUGAAGAUUCUGGAGAAAAGAAGUCCAAGAAGGUCAAGACGGAGGGAGAUGACUAG